AUGGCGUUGGCGGUUCUCAGAAGAAUCAGUCUCCGUUUGCCGGAUCUUACCUCCCGUUUCCGAGUAUCAUCACGCUGUUUGUCCAGCAGCGAAACUGGAAAGGAUUCAAACGCGGCUGGUUUGAGUGGUUGUGCUAUAGAAACUGUGGAUGAUGAUGCUUGGAAUGUCUCAUCAUCAAUAUCACAAGCUUGGAGACAGUUCCAAGCAGAAGAGACUGCAAAAGGUUCUUCCUUUACAACACAAGAUGGAGGAGAAGCAACCGAUCAUGAUCAUCUUGACCACGACGAAAUCGAUAACAUGAGAAUCCGCGGCGAUCUUUUCUACAAGCUCGAUCGAGGGUCAAAAGAAUUCGAGGAAUACAACUACGAUUUCCACCGCAAGAACAACCAGAAAACAAGGAGAGAGCAGCAAAACAACCAAGAAGAAACAGAGACGAAAGCAAAGAGUAAAGAAGUUCGUGAGGAGUACAAGAAGAGAGACGACGAGCCAAAGAUCAACACUUUCACCGGCGAAACUGAUCAGCUUGACGACGCAGUGUUGAAGAAGAGAGAGAGAACGGUUACGUUUAACCAGCUCACGGCUCCUUAUCACUACCCGUUUUGCUUGGACAUUUACAUCUCGAAGGCAUCGGUACGAGCAUGUGUGGUUCACAGGGUGACUAGUAAGGUUGUGACCGUGGCUCAUUCCAUCUCGAAAGACAUGAAAUUCGAUCUCGGUUCGACAAGAAACGCUGCGGCUUGCGCUGCGGUUGGGACAGUCCUCGCGCAGAGGACUUUGGAGGAUGACAUACACGACGUUGUAUACACUCCUAGGAGAGGAGAUAAAGUGGAAGGUAAGCUUGAGGUCGUGCUUCAAGCUAUCAUUGAUAAUGGGGUUAAUGUUAAAGUUAAGUUUAAGCAGAGGAAACUCAAGAGGAAGAGUGCUACUACUAGUCAUCUGACAAUGAAUGGCCUAAAGCUGUGA